AUGCCAGGUAUUACCAAGUACAACCUCGUGGAUGAUGUGCACGACCUGAGAAUCCCCAUGCACAACGAGGAGGUUUUCAAACAUGGGCUGUGCUUCGAGGCCAAGUACAUCGGGAGUCUGGAGGUGGGGCGUCCAGGCAGCAGGAUGGAGAUAGUGGCAGCCAUGAGGAGAAUCAGAUACGAGUUCAAGCUGAAGAACAUCAAAAAGAAGAAAGUGAACAUAGUUGUGUCGACCGACUCUGUCAGAGUUCUACUGAGGAAAAAGAAGAGAAAAGGCUGGUCUUGGGACGACAAUACCCUUCUUGUGACUCAGGACCCAAUUUACAGGAUCUUCUAUGUUUCACACGAUGCACAAGACCUCAAAAUAUUCAGCUACAUCGCCAGAGACGGAGAGAGCAACAUUUUCCGCUGCAAUGUGUUCAAGUCCAAGAAAAAGUCUCAGGCCAUGAGGAUUGUCCGGACCGUGGGCCAGGCGUUCGACGUGUGCCACCAGCUCAUUGCACAACAGAAAGAGGGCGAGGGUGAGGACGAGGGCGCAAAAGGGGAGGAGUCUGCAGUCGUACCAGCCCAGAAGAAGUUUGCUGUGUCUUCUGAGACUGACCUUGAAGCCACGACAGAGGAGAGCAUCGAGUGUACGUCUUCAUCAGAACCAGAAAAAAGCAGAAAGGAAGAGGUGAACACCGGCGCGGCAAAGGACACGACCGUGCUGCUGCACUCCUCGCUCCUCAGAGACUCGGCUCAGGCGGAGGAGCACCAGCUGCAGCUCCUGCAGAAGCAGUUGCAGCAGCAGGAGCAGCAGGCUUUGUCUGCCAACGCACAGGUGCACGUACUGCAGCAGCAACUCUCGGUGGAGGUGUGUGCGCGCUCAGAGGCUCAGGCUCGAGUCCAACAGCUGCUGCAGCAGAACACUGACCACCUGCAGCACAUUUCUCUGCUGGUCAAACAGAUCCAAGAGCUGGAGCUCAAAACUGUCGGACAUCUAUCCUCCAUGGGCUCACAGGACAGUCUUCUGGAGAUCACUUUCCGUGCUAAGCGCCCGUCCUGUGAGGCCCCUUCAGUAUCAGUGGCCCUGCUGGCAUCCCAACACCAGAUCAGUGACGCCUGGUCCUCCACCCUCCCAGGGCAGUGCUCUCCUGGCUCUGCCCCUGAUGACAACUCUGUGGGGCUGAGGGCGAGUGCCGUGAGGCUGGAGUGUUUCCGCUUCCCCACCAGGGGACUGGACCGGCAGGAGCAUGACCUUGGAGACACACCCAGUGAGGAAAGCUCCCCUCUGGGGGAGCAGGUCCUGGGCGCUCUGGAGCUGCUGCGGUUCAGAGAGUCAGGGAUCGGCUCUGAAUAUGAGUCCAACACUGAUGAGAGUGACGACCGGGACAGCUGGGGGCAGGGGGAGGGGCUGACCCCAGACGGAGCACCUCGGCUGUUUAAUGUGCUGAACGCUGAAGUUCUAGCAGACUCUUUGGACGACACAGAGAUGGCUGUAUAG